AAAUAGUAUAAAUAACGAUCUUUAUCCGCUCUUGAUACUUACGAGAUGCUUGGCAUUCCAAGUUACAAGUUCAAACGUAGUAAUACAUCCAUCCAUCGCCAACCAGGAAAAAGCAAAGAAAACUCGCAACAAUGGCCGCCGCCCAAUACGACAUCCAGACGUUCUUAUUGGACAAGCAAAACAUCCACGACACGGUCGCUCGCCUCACAUUAAACCUAGACCUGCGUUCAACCGACGGCCUCAUCAAAGACGUCUACGCUCCCGACGUCGUCGUCGACUACACGUCCAUGUUCGGCGGGAAGCCGACUGAGGCGACCAACGAGGCGUGGGCUAAGAGCCUCGAGCCAAUGAUGGACGCUUUCGACUCGAUGCAGCAUGUGGUCACGAACGAGGUCAUCGAGCUGCCGCAGCCGACGAAGGGAGUCAGCAGGCCCGACAGGGCUAGCGUCGUUGCUCAGGUCAAUGGACAUAUGUUCCGCCGCGCGGCGAGAGGGAAACCAAUUAUGCAUAACGGCGGCCGAUAUAAUCUCGAGCUCGUGCGACUCCCGGAGCUCGAGCAGAAGGGAGAAAACCCGUGGAGAAUCAGCAGGCACGCUACUGUUAUCGGAUGGGAAGACGGUAGCUCGGAUGUUAUGAGUGUUUUUGCUGGUAUUGGACAUUAGAUUGAGCAGUCUGGUUACGGGCAGUAAGGGAUGAGAUGAGAUGAGGCCUUGAUGGGGUAGACGUUGCAAUGUGAGGUUAGCUUCCCCCUGGGAACUAAUUUAUAACAAUAUAUUAUACAGUGUGGUAGAAAACUAUAUAUCAACAGAGGACCGUCCCUAGCUG